UUCUUCUUCAGUUCUUCUAAUCAGAAUUCGAUCCCACUAAACUCUCCGAUGGCGAGUCUAUGGCGGGCCGCGACGGGCCUGACCGACAAGCCAGCCGACCACGACGGCGUGGAGUUCUGGUCAAACCCGGAGCGGACGGGGUGGCUAACCAAGCAAGGGGAGUACAUCAAGACGUGGCGUCGCCGCUGGUUCGUUCUGAAGCAAGGCAAGCUCUUCUGGUUCAAAGACUCCACCGUCACGCGCGCGUCGAGAUCACGCGGCGUGAUCCCGGUGGCCAAGUGCCUGACGGUGAAGGGCGCGGAGGACGUGGUGAACAAGCAGUACGCUUUCGAGCUCUCCACGCGCUCCGAGACCAUGUACUUCAUCGCCGACUCGGAGAAGGAGAAGGAGGACUGGAUCAACUCGAUCGGACGGUCGAUCGUGCAGCACUCCAGGUCGGUGACGGACUCUGAGGUCGUGGAUUACGAUAGCAACAAGAACUAGAACAAUGCCUUUUAGGUUAGUUUCGGCGCGUGCAUAAAUGUGGAGUCCUCUAACUCUUUUCUGUUUGUUUAUAUUAAAUUAUCAUUGUGUUUCUUGGUUAUGGUUGGGUUUGCUAAAUUUGUCCUGCUUUUGUUAUUAGGUUUAAUCCCAAUUUGGGAUUGUUGAUUAGUUUUUAUUUGAUUGGUGUGUAAAGUUUGGAUUUUUAAGGGAAAGAUUAGUGCUUUGAUAUAUAUAAUCCAAUUGAUCUGGUAUCAUUAAUUUGG